UUUUCGGGCCAGCACUGUAGAACGCGGACAAGGCCCAUUAUAAAAGUAGCUUGAACCAGAACCCGACCCGAUCUCGAUCUCCUGCUAACUUCAAUUCCCCAAAUUAGGGGUAUCAAUUUCCCCAAAACUCAUCUGCCAAAAUUGUUGUUCCUUUCAGAGAUCUAAACCAAUCAAGUUAUGGGAGGUCAUGGAGGUUUGAACAUUCUCCCACAGAAACGAUGGAACGUAUACAACUACGAAAAUCGCGAGAAAGUAAAGCGAGACGAGGAAGCCGCAGCUAAAGAGGAACAGCUCAAGCAGGAACAAUCUCGCAAGCGCGACUCAGAAUAUCGCCUCGAGCAGCUCCGUCAAGCGCGUGGCUUAUCAUCAUCGUCGUCGAAUCACGUCAAAAAAUCGUCGUCAGAACAGAAAUCGCCGGAGAAGAAACCGGAAAAAUCGAAAUUGGCAGAGGAGAAACGUGGAAAAUCGGAUUCUAAGCACAUCAAUUUAUUCGAAGGGAUUCGAAUCUUCGAUCCAGUUAAAAAAGUAGAAGAAGAUGAGGAGAAAAACGGAAGGAAUAAUAAUAAGAGGAUUAAGAAAGAGCAAGCGCCUAGGGUUAUUACUGCGGAGGAUGAGAAGUAUAGGUUAGGAUAUGGAAUUGUUGGUAAAGGAACGAAAUUACCUUGGUAUAUGGAGAAUAAAAACAGAGACGAGGAUGAAAAGAGCGACGAAGAUAAUAAUAAUGAUUAUUAUAAAUAUUCGAGACCUGUGAAGAAGAGUAGUAAUGGAGGAAAAAAGACGGUGGAGGAAUUGCGACAAGAGCGGUUAGAGAGGGAGAGGAAGGAGAAGGAAAGAGAAAAAGCUUUGUUAAUGGAGAAGAGUCGAAGAGAUGGAGGAUUUUCGCCGUUAGAGAGGGAGAGGAAGGAGAAGGAAAGAGAAAGAGCUUUGUUAAUGCGAAGAGAUGGAGGAUUUUCACGACGAAGAUGAGGUCCGCCUUUAAGGUUGUUAGCUCUAAACUCAUUAUACAUUUUAAUGGUGAUGAACACGAAUGAAGUGGAUCUGUUGUACUUUCUGAGAGCUCUUUGAGAAAAAAGCAUGGCUGGGUGCAGUUUUAUUCUUGAAUAUGUCUAUUUUCUUGCGUCAUCUCUAUUUUAGUUUGGCAAGGGCUUGAUGUUUAAUGCGAGAGUCCCAUUUCCUGUUCGGAUAGCAAAUCAUAUGGUGAGGAAACUGCAUGUAGUUUGGUUCGAGAGGCCUGAUUGACAUGAGAUGGAUUAACGCGAGAGUCCCAUUUCCUGUUUGGAUAGCAAAUCAUAUGGUGAGGACACUGCAUGCAGUUUGGUUCGAGAGGCCUGAUUGACAUGAGAUGGAUUAUGAGAUUCUUGCUUCGCAUGGGAAAUUGUUUCUGAAAGUCAAAAACCAGUCCUAAC